UGAGCGACCGUCUCCUUUUUAAGAACGCGUACAGAGGCUAUUAGACUUCGCGUUCCCGCCGCCCAAUCUCUCUCUAAACACACGUUUUCUCUUCUCUCUGAACGUUUCUCGUCGUCAAAUCAAACUCCAAAACAUAAAGUGAAGCUUUGUUUAAGGAAGAAAGUUUUGUUGCUUGUUUUUGUUUUGUAAAAAUGGUUAAAACAAAGAAGCUCUCCUACAUAUCAGUUCCUUCUCAAAUAAUAAACUCUUUAUCGUCUUCUUCACUUCAAACUCUUCUUGUUUCACCUAAGAAAUCUUCAAAAACGAGCUUUACCAAAAGGUUCUUUUCUCUGAGGUCUUACAAGAGCACUAAGUUCUGGUUUUUAACUCUGUUUCUUUUUGGCCUUUUUGGAAUGUUGAAGCUUGGCUUCGAUCUUGAUUAUUUGAUCCCUUUCUCUCCAUACCCUUGUUUCACAACUCAACAGCAAGACUCGUUUUCGGAAGGGUACACAAAACCCCUUUUAAGUUUUGCUUCAAAUGGUGAAAACCAUGCUCAAAACAGUCUCAAAGAUGAGUUUUUGAAUGGUAAUGGUGAGUUGAGUGUGGUUUCAAACAUUGAGGAAGAUAGGAUUUCGAAGGUUGUAAGUCAACCACAAGCAUUGAUUUCUAAAGGGUAUGCAGAGUCAGAUGAAGACGGUGAGUUUUGGAAACAACCAGAUGGCAUGGGGUACAAGCCAUGUUUGCAAUUUACUAGAGAUUAUAAGAAACAAACUGAAGGGGUUGUGAAGAACAGAAGAAAAUAUUUGUUAGUGGUCGUCUCAGGUGGCAUGAAUCAGCAAAGAAAUCAAAUUGUUGACGCUGUGGUCAUGGCUAGGAUUCUUGGUGCUGCCCUUGUUGUUCCCAUUUUGCAAGUCAAUGUCAUUUGGGGUGAUGAAAGUGAAUUUUCUGAUAUAUUUGAUUUGGAGCAUUUCAAGAAGGUUCUUGCCAAUGAUGUGAGAAUAGUUUCUUCAUUGCCCUCAACUCAUAUAAUGACAAGGCCGGUGGAGGAGAAACGAACUCCACUUCAUGUUUCUCCUCAGUGGAUUCGUGCACGUUAUCUGAGGAGGCUUAACAGGGAUGGGGUUUUGCUCCUGCGUGGUUUGGAUUCAAGGCUCUCUAAAGAACUCCCUUCUGAUCUUCAGAAACUCCGCUGCAAGGUGGCCUUUCACGCAUUGAGGUUUGCCCCUCCAAUUUUGGAACUUGGUAACAAGCUUGCAGAGAGGAUGUGGAGCAAAGGACCCUACCUUGCUCUUCAUCUACGAAUGGAAAAGGACGUAUGGGUGAGAACUGGUUGCCUUCCUGGUUUGAGCCCCGAGUUUGAUGAAAUAAUAUAUAAUGAGAGGAAACAAAGGCCAGAGCUUUUAACUGCUAAAUCAAACAUGACUUACCAUGAGCGGAAGCUUGCUGGUCUCUGCCCCUUAAAUGCUAUGGAGGUGACCAGGUUGCUUAAGGCCCUUGGAGCUCCAAAGAGUGCCAAAAUCUUUUGGGCAGGAGGGCAACCAUUGGGUGGGAAAGAGGCCCUACUGCCAUUAACCAGAGAAUUUCCCCAUUUUUACAAUAAGGAAGAUCUAGCCAUGCCGGGUGAACUAGAACCAUUUGCAAACAAAGCUUCCUUCAUGGCUGCCAUUGACUAUAUAGUUUCAGAGAAUAGUGAUGUUUUCAUGCCUUCUCACGGAGGAAAUAUGGGCCACGCGAUCCAGGGACACCGAGCAUAUGCAGGGCACAAGAAGUAUAUAACCCCGAACAAAAGACACAUGCUCCCUUAUUUCCUCAACUCCUCUCUCCCUGAAACAGAGUUCAAUAGGAUCAUAAAGGAGUUGCACAGCGAAUCCUUAGGACAGCCGGAACUCAGAACAAGUAAAGCUGGAAGGGAUGUUACAAAGUAUCCUGUGCCAGAGUGUAUGUGUAAGGCUGGACGUACUCAUACCUACUUGUGAUCUAAUUUCAAAGACUUGAGGCUUCCAAUUACAACAUGAUCACGCCACAACAGAUUGCUUCACUACAAAUGUUCAAAACUUUUCGGCAAAUACCUUGAAUUUGAGCCCUUGUGAAAACUAUGUACCUAUGGUUUUCAGGGCAAUGAGGGUUCUCUGGAGCACCAUUACGAAGAGUUACGAUUGAUCUCUGCCAGCAUGCUCCUUCUGCAAGUAGAACACUCACGUUAAUUCUUGCAUAUAAAUUCUAUAGGGUACCAUUCUUUAAUUCUUUAUAGGAUUCUUUCUUUCUUUUUUUUUUUCUACAAGGAAUAGAUUCUUCUUCCUCCAUUUCAAUCUGUAUCAUAUCUAUGUACCACAGGUGUAUACGUAUAUAAAAGUAUAAUAAAGAAAUUUUAUUUA